CUUGUCUCCGUCGCAAACUCCAGCGCGGGACUACAAGCUUUUCCGCUUCCCUCUCCCUGGCAAGUCAAAGUGGGCGACCGCCUGGGAAUGUGGGCGCCGCGUUCGAUGUACCUUGACUGCACCAUUAAGACAAAGUACGCACCUGCCGACUUCAUUGUCCUCAAUGACGUGGAUAUCAGCGUUGGAGAGCGGUUGACCAAGUUUCACCGACAAGCAGACAAACGUUUCCUGAUGUCAGCGGCUGUUGCCUUACCAAUGCACCCGAUGCUCUUUAUGGGCAAAUUUCUUCACCUCGGUAAAAGAAGAGUCUACGCUGAGAUACGGCCUACCUCAAAGACUACACUUGAACGUGGUCCGGUCAUCACAACCUAUGUUGACGUUGUGACGGAUAUCGGUCCAUUCUCCUUAUCAAAGCUCGACUACGUGGCAGGCAAAUCCGAACUCAUUCUACUUGACAUACAAAACGGUAAGAUUUUACUCCUAUCGACCGCGAAGUGUUACAGUGCUGUGGAUGCUGUGAGUCCUCUCAUGGGUUACUUGCUGGGCUAA